UCGCGACAAGAGAAGCGCAGUCAGACAGUCAGGCAGGCUGGUCGACAAGCAAGACAGAGUCAGCGUGCUAGGCACAGUGCAGCAGCCAAGACCACUAGAUCCGUACGGCUUACCCGACUUAGAGACUUAAGCCGACAGGCAGUCCGAAAGGCUCAACCGGCUAAGCCUCGUCGACCCACCUACCGUCUCCAACGUGUGGCCAAUACACCACCUAGGUGACUACCUAUCAACCUACUAUACUCGUGUCUUUCACCCUUUCAUCAACUCUCGCCAAUUCUCACGAGGAUCAAUCCAAUCAAGUCCACCACCGAGCUGACAUACUCAUGGACAGUUAUCAUACUAACGUCAUUAUCAGAAUUGAUAAGGUGGACACGCGGGUGUAAAUGUCCAAGAAUUGUGCGUCGACUCGGAGGCUGGUCUUGCGUCCAGAGCUACAGUGAAUGGGUACAGUCAAGUAGCAAGCAGAGAGUGCGACGCGUGCUCGUGUUUUAUGUUGGCGGGAUGGUCUAACCUACUUGCCAACUAACUUGGACGUUACGCAACCUAGUGAGCUGUCGGUUUAUCGGGUUUAUUAUCAAUAGUCGUCAGCUACCCAAGUGAACGCGUGUACAUGUCGACUUCUUGGGGUAGGUGUUGGGAACUUAAGUCUACUUGAUUCCCGAGUGGAUUUUCAGUUAUCCUUUUGUUUGUGUUGUGACUGCAGUGCGCUCUAAGUGAAUCAUCAAUAAACUCUAUUACUUAACUACUAAAAUAUUAUUCUUUAUCUUAAUCAUCACCGUAUUAACUCGAAAUUCCAACCAAAGCAGAAUACUAAUUUUUGAUUAUUUAUGUGGUGAUUGUAUUCUGUGUCAAUUAAGUGGAUUCCUAGCUUCAUUAGCAUUGAUAUUUAAACAUCAUCAUCAUAAGGUGAAGGUGUAUUCGUGCAAUUACUGAACAUAUGACACCCUAGAGUCGGUUCACUAGGUCAAGGUGCUGGUGAUUUCUAAGAACACCAGCGUUCCGUAGGGAGAGUGAGUUCUCGAGGUGUACAGCACAGUCGGCAGGACGUUAACCUUCUACAGCAUGGAGCACGGCGGGGGCGGGGGAAGCCUCGAACUCGCCGGCGGCGGUGGAAAUACUGAGCUCUGUCUCCAGGACCUCGUUUCAGGAUCAACUACUGGUUUAUCUGUGCAACAUUACCAACACGCAGCAUCCAUGGCUGGACUCCAUAGUGAUCAUCUCCAAGGUGCUAUGCAUCAUCAUGAUGUACAUGCCGGUUCCCAUCACGAGACAUCCAUGAUUCGCAAUCUUGGUCAUCAACUCCCUCACGAGCCACUGGAAAAAAUGAAACUAUUAGCACUAAAUGAUUACCGGGAUGAAACGAAUGGAGGCCUUGCAAGACUCGACUUUUCAGCUCACGGUGGACACACUCCAGGUGGUAGUACACCAAGUACACCAGGUGCUACUCCUUCGACACCCUCGGGAGGAUUCUCCACAGCACAACCUCGGAAUCGAACAAAUAACAAUCAAAGGACAGACAUUCGUAAAGGUGUUAGAACACCUGAAGUAAAACACGAGAUGCGAUCAGAAGUUGUUUCUUCUGGCGGAGUAGUGAGUGUAAAUGAUGCAGUCGACAAGGAUGGUACAAAAAAUAAAAGACAAAGACGACAAAGGACACAUUUUACCUCCCAACAACUUCAGGAACUUGAAUCGACGUUCAGCAGGAAUCGAUACCCGGACAUGGCAACCAGGGAAGAGAUUGCAAUGUGGACUGGAUUGACAGAAGCACGCGUUAGGGUUUGGUUCAAAAAUCGUCGAGCAAAAUGGAGGAAACGUGAGAGGAAUGCAGCAAACGCAGCAGCAGCUGCUGCCGCAGCAGAUUUUAAAACUGGAUUCAGCACUGCGGGGCUCAACAGUUUUAUAGGACGUGCUGAUGUAGAUGCUAUGUACAGUUCUUACAGUUCUUAUAAUAAUUGGGCAGCAAAAGUUCCUUCACCAUUGAGCAGUAAAAGCUUUCCUUGGGUGAAUCAUUUAGGAACAGUUGUACCGACAGCUUCUCAUCACCAUCAUCAUGCUCAAGUCCCACCAGUGAAUUGCUUCAAUACUUCAACUUCAGUAGCAGGAAGCCACGUCGGUGGAAUGUCAAUGUCAGUUGGCCAAGCAGCAACAUCUAUGCUACCUGGAAUGGGUUCAGGUCUUGGAGUUGCUGGAUCGCCUGUUGCUGCUUCUGGAGCUGCAUGUCCUUAUGCAGCUCCAGCAGCACCUCAUCAUUAUGGUCCAGUUUAUACUCCGCAUCAUCGAACAGCUGGGCCCGAGUCAUGUACAGUAAUGAACAGUAGUAUUGCAUCAUUAAGAUUAAAAGCAAAACAACAUUCAAGCGAAUAUGGAUCUGCUAGCUCCUUCAGUACUGGAACUACAGCCACAGGUGCUGGGAGUAUAAGUCCUGUGAGUUCUAGAGCUUCGUCCGCCGCAUCACCGAUGUUGUCAUCGACACCCUCGUCAACUACAUCUCAACCCCACUACCUCAUGUAUGACGAGGAAACUGCAGCGGCGGACCAGAAAAUCAAUGACGAUUCUAGAAUGAUCAUCAGUGCAUCUGCUACCAGUGAUAAUGGCUCGAGUGGUAUUGGAGUUGGUGUAGGAAUAGGUAUGGGAACUGCUGGACCACCUGGACCUAGUGGAAGGCUUCCUGGUUAUUGGCAACAUGCUGCGACAUCAGCUGCAGGAUAUUGGUCUUCCCUUUUUGAUUCUUGGACCACUAAUUCCAUUGCUACUGGGUCUCAAUCCCUUUCGCUUACUUGGGAUGAAAAUCGAAGCCAGUGAUCACCGAAUUAAACGCGCGAGCUUAUAGCUACUAUUGUCGAUUCUCACACGAUUACAGUCAGAAUAUUGAAAAUGAGUCUUUUGGAAAAUUUAUUUUAAUUUAUCUAGUAUCAUUUUUUAUAUUCAAAGCAUUAAGCAAAUUUCAUGAUGAGAAAGAACUGAUAUUCACUGUGACCAAAGUUUCGUGCAAUAUUGUGAGUUAAAUAAUUUGAGUUUAUGAGUGAACAUUUCUACGUUGAGUUACAAUUACUGUAAAUAAUCAUUAAAUAAUAAAAAUAAAUUAAUCCUUAUUGUAAAAAUAAUUUUUUAUCGUUUUUUUUGUCGUACAAGAGCUUAGUAAUGUUUACAAUAAAAAAUUUACAAUAUUCUUUUUAUUAACGUUUUCAGUUAUAAAUUGAUAAAGUCUGAUUACAAUUCUUAAAAAAAUAGAAAGAAUAGAAUAAUAAAUUCACAUCUGUUGGAAUAUUUGCAAAAACUGCAACUUGACGUAGAUAAUGAUAUGAGCGAUGAAUGAAAAUAUAUCUAAUAGCAUUAAAAAGCCUUUUUAGUAUUGUUUAACGACUGAUCGCAGACGAACCGACAGAUAAAGAGAUCGUUCGCGUCAUGAACUCACUAUUCUGUAGAUAUCUGUAUAGUAGAAACUAAAUAUACGACGUGUUAAUCUAACCAAAAAAGUUGUAACAUUUUAUUAAUAAUAAAUCAUUAAUGAAAUAAUGUACUAUUCAGCUAAUACCAAAAAAAAAACCUAAAACUGUAGAAGAAAAAAAUAACUAAAUAAGUUUGGGCAUGCAUCAAGUGAAAUAAUUUCAUCGAUUUGAAGCUGCCAUGUACAGUGUAUGAGCAAAAUCGUUAUCUCGAUUAUAUUGUACGUUAUAUAAAUAUUAAUAUUAGUUUGUAGUUUUGAAAGGUAUUCAGUAUAUUUAAAAAAUUAUAAAAAAUUUUCGUACCACUUUAAAAGCUUGUUCUUUUGUUCAUAUAUCAUAAUAUAUCAUAUCCUGACAAAUAAAAAUAAUCUUCGUAUCAUUUGGAGCUGAUUCAGAGCUUUAAAGUGCCACGAAAAUUUCACAAUCCAAAAAAAUAGAAUUGUAUAGACUUUAAGGUAUAAAAAGAAAAAAAAAACUUGAAAAGACGAUCGCUAUUUUGUAUGAAUCCCAAUAUCGUACAAAUAUCAACGUCAAAAGCCACAUAUCCCAAAGUCGCAUGGUGAGACGAAAGCUCACAUGUUUCACUACCUUCAUUCACUAAAUGUGUACAUGUUUUCAAUCGAAUGAUGUCAAAUAUUCGAUUCUACUCCGUUUGUAAUCUAGUCACAAUAAAACCGAUUCUAUUCUA